GCUAUUUGGAACACGCUAACAACACCAUUAAAUAUUUAUAAAUUUUCUUAAUCUUGUAGAAUUUCCAGAAUCUCUGUCUCACAAUGGACAUGCGUUUCAGCAAAUUACUCGAACAACUCCUGUUUGCUGUGGAAUGUGUAAGCAAUAAUUACAUCAUAUUGUUCUGAACUUAUGUGGAAUUAUGUGAUAUUGUUUUGUCGAACAAUUAACAUGCACCAGUUUGUAGUACUGCAUCACUGCAUUGGUUAACACUACCAUAAUCGUUCAGACCUUUGGAAAGAAAGGGUGCAGGUUGUUUUCUAUCAUGUACCACUGAGAGUACCACUGAGCCUAGGUUAUGGGAAGAGUAUUACUUAGGAUCGAUCGGUGAUUACUAUAUUGAUAAAAGUCUUAUAACUGGAGUUUUGUUCCUAGAUCUACGGAAAGUAUUUGACACCGUUGACCAUGAAAUCGUAAUAAUUGACAAACUAAAACUGUAUGGAAUUACAGGGGGUACCCUAAACUGGUUUAUAUCUUACUUAGAUAAAAUAUGUGCAAAAUGUGAAGUAAAUAAUGUUAUUAAGUCGUCUAGAAAAUUAAUUGAAUGUGGGGUUCCUCAGGGAUCAAAUUUAGGACCUCUCCUAUUUCUGUUAUACCUGGGGCCGGUUGUAUAAAAAAGUGAUUAAAGUUAACUGUAGUUAAGUGGAAACGUCAUCCAAUAAGAAGCGCCUAUUUGAGAGUUAAUCACUAUUUAACUAAUCACUAUUUAACUACAAAAUAGUGAUUAAAAAAGUGAUUAAAAGUUUUAUACAACCGGCCCCUGUCAAUACGCAUUUGAUCGGUUAAUCUGGUAGGUUAAACGCAUCUGAUUGGUUAAUGGUGGCGGUAUAGUUGAAGUCAAAAUCUGAACCUCUCUAAUAAGCUUUCAAAACAAUUACAUCUCAGUUGCGUCUCUUAAAAUUCAGCACUCGGGUGCAAGAAAGGAUUAUGAUUAAUAUAUAGCAUUCCUUAUCUUCAUACACGUUUAUUCAUCCUGACAAUAUCCUGUGGCUGAAGUAUUAGAAAUGCCGAGACGUUGAAUUGCUUCAGGAAUAGAAUGCUGAAAUAUCUGUAUGAACUAUAAAUUUAUUUUCGCGUUCAAUGCUGGUCUUUGGAGGGGAAUCGGGAUUGGAUUCCCCUCUUGGGAUUAGCAGUGUUUACGUAAAUGUGAAUGUUUAUUAUAUAUAAAUUUUAUUCUCCAGGAGACAUCCUUUAUUUUUCCUGUUUAAUCGUUCUUUUGUAAAUAGAAUAGUGGUAAUAGUGACAAAAUUAAUGAAUUCCUAUUAAUCCUUUAUUUUUUUAUUAAUUUUAUUUUUCAACCGAUUUAUUUAGGUUCAGAUUACAUUUGGGGAAAGCAAAAGUUACUGUAUCAAUGUCUAAGUAAGUUACCAAACAUUAUUUAAUUAAAUGAAAUUGUAUUAUUCUUUGAUGGCAAAUUUGAACCAAAACUUGAGCUAAGUUACAGACCGUAUAAGGCUAGUUCAUUAUAUACGUAAACGUCGACAAUUUAAGUUGCUAUUCAUUUCAUUGUUUUGUAUUAUUCCUUUUUCGAUUUUUAAAAACGGUUUUAUCAACUUAUUUGACCUAUUGGCUAUUUGUUUCUUGACCAUACCCAUUUCAAUCCUAUAAUUGGCGCUCCAUUAUGCAUCCACCUCUGGUUAUUACAUAUACGGUAAGCAGCUUAAUGCAAGUCCCCAAGAACGGUCGUUUUAUAAAGGUUCGAAGGUAGCAAAGUACCAAAUCAUGAUAUCCAGUUAUUACUUUUCCCAAUCCGAUAUAUUAUUCAAAAAAAGGAGUAUGUUCUAGCCUGUUACCUUAUGCUAGGACCGCUUCACCGCUGUCUAGCCUUGAUCAAAUUCUUUAGCCAGCACAUACAUGCUACAUGAUUAUCACUUGGUUCCUCCAGUCCUUGUAGCAGCCCACAUGUUGAGACGGUUGAAGUCAUCCACCUUCAUAUAAGCUGAUUCGUUGAACUCGGUGUUAGGCCAGGGCUCAAAAUAACGUUUCAUGUUACGCAGCUCGCGGCGCUCUUAACUUCAGUUGUGACUGUCGAUUCAGUAUAAUUGACCUUAUGCAUAAUGACGUCACAAGGCUUGAUGCCCGCGAGGAAUGCUGGUCUUAGUAGUCAUCGCCCGGGAAAAUUAAACAAUUCAAAAUGGCCACUAUCGAAAGUUUCCCGGGCGAAGACUACUAAGACCAGCAUUCCUUGCGGGCAUCAAGCCUUGUGACGUCAUUAUGCAUAAGGUCUAUUAUAACACAAAGUUUUAAAUAUAAACUUCGUCAUAUCUUAAUUUGGUCUAUUACACGGCAAAAAACGCCGAGCCCGCUGUUUAACAGGAUUGAACAAUGUUUUGCUGCCCACGUUGUUCACACUUGUCAACAAUAUUGAACAAUAUUGAACAAUGUUGUUGAGCCUUAAUCGGGUGUAACAAUAUUGUUCAAUAUUGUUGACAACUAUGAACAAUGUGGGCAGCAAAGCAUUGUUCAAUCCUGUUUUCAUCAGUAUUGCAACAACCUGAGCGUUUUUACGCGUGUAUAAGUUGUCUGACCAGCAGUUGGCAUAAGAAAUUCAACAACUUAAAUUCGAAUGAAAUUUAAUACGAAGAAAAUCCUUACAUAAUAUUUAACGGGUCCACAACAGCACAAAAAUCAAUCUCUUUCCCAGAGCCAAAAUGUAGUCAGUCACUAUGACCGGCGUCAUAAAAAUUUGUCCGGUUAUAACAAAAAUUUGGCCGGUCAUUGACCGGUAACCGGCCGUUAUUUUGAGCCCUGUACUGAAGGCAUCUAUAUGAUGACAGCUCCAGACCAUGUGUAACUCAGACUAGCUCUGGACCUUUUCCGGCCAUGUUUGGUUUGCGGUCAUUGGGUUCAUCAUAUAUUCUCGAAACUUGUCAAACCACACCACUCAUCAGCCUUUUAGAUCUUAUUUGAUUUUCUGUAGCAAUGCAAUUUUACUGUCUCACUCUAUCACUAAGCACUUUCUUACAGCAUGCAGCAGAUCAUUUCACUUGAUAUGUGCCAAGGACAGUGGUCAAUGCUCGGAAGUUCCAACGAGCAACGAGGACGAAAGUCCGUACGACGUGCUAGCGAAGGUACGUUGUGAUGUUCAAAAUUCUUAGUUUAAUUCAUAAGAAAUAUUGACAUCAGUAUGUACAUGUACUCUAGCGGUAUAUUUUAUCCCAUAGAUAUCAGCGAUACUGUACUAAUCUGUCUAAUCUGCUAAUUAGUCUAAUCUGCUAAUACAAUAACCCUGUACAUUCAGCCAGGGGGCCUGCAGACGAAUGAAUAUAUGCUUGAUAGUUGAAAAAGUCUUCAUCAAAUUGUGGGUGGCGGUGUACGUAUAUCGAAAGUUAAACUAUUGUGUAUCAAGUUUUUGCAAUAUGCCUGAACAACAUAGAAAUGAUAUUCUGACGUCGAAGGUUAAGGAGAACUAACACUGAAGAGUCUUUGAUGAUGAUUCAUUUUGAAAUUUCUGACCUAUAUAUAACUGUAAUGCAUAUUUGAGUCUUAUAAAUUUCGUUCCCAGGGUCCGGAUGAAUGGUCUGUUGAAGAUGUGAUAUUCUGGAUGGCUGCCACCAAUCUAUUUCAAUACGCACACCUGUUCUUAUCGUAUUCAAUGAAUGGCAGAAAAUUGCUGGGUUUGGAUGACACCACGCUUGCACAUUUUGGAAUACAUGAUGAGUUUCACAGGAAAAUGAUUCUGAGUUGCAUGAAUGAGUUAAUUGGCAAUUCUGAAACUGUAAGUCUACACCAUAUUCAUUAAAUAAGCAGAAUAUACUACGAUGUUGAGAUAUAUACAUGAACUUGUCAAUGUACACGAUAUUUUUUCCCAGAUUAAGGCUGUGCUCGAAUAUUUUGUCUCAUUUUUAUGCUGCCUGCGUAAAACAAGGCAGUAUAUCCUACCUAAACAAGAUAAAAAGGUGUAAUCAACUUUCGUUAUUUAAAUUUUAGAGGAAACCAAGAAAAGCGCCCGGAAUGAAAGUGGGUAUAAAAGGUACAAACUGAAAGGAAUUUCUAAUUGUAUUCCCUUAAUUUUUUUUGUGCAUAUGCUGUGCUCACAUCAGUAAUGUUGGUUCACUAAAUUCGUAACUUUUCGUUCGGGUUAGUGGAUGAUGGUUCAGGUUGCUCCCGAGCCAAAAUUUGGAUGUGAAUUUACAAUAAACUGUAUUCCUGUACCCUUACAAACCUGUCCAAGAAAUCAGGAUAAUAAAACAUCACAGUUGCCUAUUUUAGCUUUAAUAAACGCUCGGUCCCUUGUUUCGAAAAUUGAUUAACUUUUUGCAUGUUUGGACGUGAACAACAUUGAUAUCGCUGCAGUCACAGAAACCUGGUGUCAUAAAGAUAUUGCUGACGAACUUGUGUCUCUUGAUAGCUAUUGCUUAUACCGUCGUGAUCGGGAGUAUGGUCGCGGAGGUGGUGUUUGCUUGUAUGUCUCAAAUUCCAUCUGCAGUAAACGUCUUUUUGAUCUUGAAGAUACUCAAUAUGAGUGUUUCUGGAUUUGGUUACGACAAAACCGACUCCCUAGGCCGCUAUCAAGCAUUGCCAUUGCGUUGUUUAUAACCCACCGGAUCGAGGCGUAUACGAUCAGCGUGAACUAAAUGAAUAUUUAUCCUAUUCUAUUGACUCCAUUCGCAACAAAUACUCCCAUUGUGGCAUACUGGUUUUGGGGGAUUUUAAUAAAUCAAACAUUUCAGUUUUAACCACAAGGCAAAACCUCAGACAAGUAGUAUCCAAACCCACCCGGAACGAAGUAAUACUUGAUCUGAUUUUAACUGAUUUCCAUACGUUUUACAACGACCCAGAAAUUAUUGCACCACUUGGAUCGUCUGAUCACAAUGUUGUAGUAUGGUCACCGUUUCUUGUCCAUGCUGGAAGAAAUAAUGUUAGUAACAACAAAAACAUUAAACGUUCUGUACGUCGCGUUAUUCACGAGCAGCACUUAAUACCUUUCGUCGUUGGGCUAGCACGCAUGAAUGGUUUAAGACAGUUGGACCCGACCCCACGUCAGAUAAACUUAGCCGAAUGUUUUACGCCGCAGGUAAAGAACGCCUUUGAUUUGUACUUUCCAUUGAAACAAGUAAAGUUUCACGGAACUUAUAAACCAUGGGUAACACCAUACAUCAAAGAAUUUGUUAAAAAGCGGCAAAAAGUCUACUCGUCAGGUAAUUUACAGCAGUGGAAGACUUUACAAAACAAAGUCAAAGAAGAGAUCAGUAAAAGAAAGAAAAACUUUUGUGCUGACAAGACUAGGUUUUUUUUUUGCCGAAAAAUGAUUGCAAACGGUGGUGGGACAUCGUCAAUAAACUUUCUGGCCGAAAUAAAAAGUCAACGAACAUACCGCUGAAUCGUGAUGGGAAAAUAUUGUCUGAAAGUGAAUUGGUUUCAAACCUAAACAUUUUGUUUUACCUCGGUGAACGCUGACAUUCCACCAUUGGACGUUUCAUCACUUGCUGCAUAUCUUCCCUCACCCGACGUUCCACCUACUAUCUUCCCAUAUCAACUUUGUCAAAAACUAUCAAGCCUGAAUACUAGCAAAGCUUGUGGCCCAGAUCAUAUUCCAGCCGGACUAUUGAAGGAAUUUGCUUUUGAGUUUGCGGAGCCUCUUACAUCUAUUUUCAACAAAUCCUUGGCGUCAGGAAUUGUCCCAGCAAUUUGGAAAGACUCUUAUAUAACACCUGUUCAAAAGAUUCCCAAAAGCGAAAACGAUAUUAGACGUAUAUUCCUAACCUCCAUUCUAUCGAAAAUUCUUGAAGAUUUUGUUGUUUGCUGGAUGAUUGAGGACAUCAGUGAUGAUAUUGAUCCCCGUCAAUUUGGCAGCCUUAGAGGGAGCUCUACAACAUUUUGUUUACUGGACUUGAUUGAUAACUGGCUUAAGAAUUUAGAGAACCCUGGAAGUUACCUGAGAGUAUGCUUUCUUGAUUUCAGCAAAGCAUUUGACAGGAUAACCACAAUAUCGUUAUAGAAAAGCUUAUCAACAUGAAAGUAAGGCGGUCUAUUAUUCCAUGGAUCUCUAGUUUUCUAACAUGUCGACGGCAAGCUGUGAAGUUUGAGUUAACUGUUUCACGAUGGCUCCCCGUCACACCUGGAGUUCCACAGGGAACAAAAUUGGGCCCUAUCCUAUUUAUAAUAAUGAUAAAUGACCUCACAAUAUCUUCGCCAAAGACUUCAGACUGGAAGUAUGUGGACGAUAUUACGUUUUCGGAAGUGGUUCAAGAAAAUGGCGGUACUGAAAGUCAGGUAGUACUUGAUAAAAUAAAUUCAUGAGCAUCAGCUAAUGAUAUGCGACUAAAUCCUAACAAAUGCAAACAAAUUAUUAUAUCUUUCUUACGUGCACAUGAACUCCCUUCAGCUCUUAGUAUUGAUGGAAUGCCACUUGACCGUGUUGAGUGCCAUAAUGUUCUCGGCCUGACUCUUCAAUCUAAUUUAAAAUGGAAUAUUUUUAUAGAACAUACAACAUCGAAGGCCUCUAAGCGACUCCACAUCUUACGUGUCCUUAAACGUAAUGGUGUAAACGUUGCUGAACUCCUAACUGUGUAUAAAUCCCUUGAGUGCUCUGUUUUGGAGUAUUGUGCUCCGGUGUGACACACCUCGAUUCCAGCGUUCCUCUCCGACGAAGUAGAAAAGGUUCAGAAGCGAGCUUUCCGAAUUAUAUAUCCGGAAAAUCAUUACGAUGAAGCUUUGGUGCUAUCCGGAUGCUCUCUAUUAAGCGAACGUCGUUCUUUGCUAUGCAAAAAGACUUUCAGAAAGAUAUGCCAGCCUACAGCACGGCUGAAUAAACUAGUUCCAGAUACAAGAGCAAAUGUACAUAAUUAUGAACUUCGUAAUAAUAAAUCUCUUACUGUACCAAGAUGUAGAACUGAACGAUUUAAACAGAGUUUUAUUCCUAGCAUGUGUUUUAAUCAUUUUAUUAACUAACAGGUCUUAACGUCAGAUAUUCUUGGAACAUGGUAUAAUAACAUUUUAGACACAAUUCAAUACUAUAAUAUAUUAUAAUGUGCUAUCCUAUAAUCUAUUGUAAUUCUAAUUUACUGUAUAUUGUAAGAAUUAGAAUAUUUUUAGAAUUUUAGAAUUUUUAAUGAAUUUCGUACAAUUUUUUUUACACACAAAUUUUAAAGACAAUUAGAUAAGAUAUAUACAUAAUAUUAUUGAAAAAAGAAGGAAAAAAAAUAUAAUACAUAUUGCACGCAGUGAUCAAAGUAGCAAUAAGCUUUCGAGUUGAUCACUGCCUCAUUAAAUUAUUUUAGAGAAAGUUUAACAAGAUAUUUAUAUAUGACAAAUUAAAUACAAUAUCAUUGCCUCAAGGAAUUAGAGGGGGGUGUUUGUGAAAUAAUUAGGAAUUGAGUAUAUCUUUUUCUAAAUAUUGACAUUGAAUUUGAUCGUUUGAUUUCAGGAUUAAUAGACUCCCAAAUUUGUGAUGAAAUAAAUUUAAAUGUUUGUAUUCCAUAAUUAGUUCGUGCUUUUGGUCUACUUAAAUUCUGUCUGCUAGCAAAUCUGGUAUUAUGAGAGUGUUGAGCGGAUACAACCUUAAUACUACUGGCAAAUACUGACGGGACAUCAUUUGUUUCUGCUAGAAUUUUGUAAACAAAAGUUGCUAUUUUCAAUUGAAAAACAUUGUCUAACUUUAGUAUACCUAAAAGAUUAUAAUACGGAGUUACAUUCUCUUUUUUUCUUGCGAAAAAUAUGCUCCGUAUGCACUUAUUUUGACUGGAGCGCAAUUUGGUUAAUUUUGAAGUAUAAGUGUUUCCCCAACUCAUCAAUCCAUAAUUGAUAUAAGGAUAGAUCAGUGAAUAAUACAGUUGCUUAAGCGUUUUCAAAUCAACGUGAUAUCUAAGUUUAUUUAUGAUUCCAAUAUUCUUAGCAAGUUUACUGUUGACAUACUUAAUCUGAUAGUCCCAAGUAAGAUGCUUAUCAAUAUAUAUACCUAGAUACUUAAUAUAAUCCUUUUGUUCAAAGUUCCUUAUCCUUAUAUUUCGAAUCUUUUUCUUUUGAGAGGUUAUUACCAUAAAAUUGGUCUUUUUAAGAUUGAUUGAUAAUUUAUUAACCACACAGUAAUGAAGAAUUCUUUCUAGUUCCUCAUUCAUCACACUUUCCACAUCAUCAAUAGAUUUUCCAGAAUAAAAUACAUUAGUGUCAUCAGCAAAAAUUCGAAAUGAAAGUUUUUUAGCACAAUUUGGCAUAUCAUUUAUGUAGAGUAGAAAUAAAACUGGACCAAGUGUGGAUCCCUGGGGUACACCACACGUGAUGUUUAGUUUUUCAGAAUCUAUAUUUCCUAUUCGAACGUAUUGUUGACGAUUUGUUAAGUAAUCUUUAAACCAUUCAAGUGGAGUUCCUCUUAUACCAUAUUUAUAUAGUUUAGAUAACAAUAUUUCAUGAUUAACAGUAUCGAAUGCUUUCGAAAAAUCUAAAAAUAAUCCACAUGUUAUUUCUCUAUUGUCUAUUGCAGUUUUUAGGCUAUCCGAGAGCUCUAAUAUUGCUUGUUCAGUUGAGUAACCCUUUCUAAAUCCGAAUUGAUAAUCAUAUAAGAUUUUAUAUUUUGAAGAAAUAGCUGCAAUUGAUUAUAUACUAAUCUCUCAAGAACUUUUGCGAAUGGAGAUAGUGUUGAUAUUGGUCGAUAAUUAUUAGGAUCCGUUUCUAUUCCACUUUUAUAUUGGUGUAACACGUGAAAUUUUAAGUAUAUCAGGAACAAUACCUGUAUUGAUUGAUUCAUUAUAAAUAACAGUAAAAACGGGAGCAAUUAUAGGAGCAGCUAUUUUUAUCAUUGCAUUCGGUAUAUUAAUAGAACUCUUGUUUAUAUCUAAAGCCAAAAAUAGAUCAAGUACUUGAGUUUCUAUUACAGGUGACAUUAUGAAACUUGAAGAUGGUGAAUUUGAUAUAUACCUAGUCGGGUUUUCAUUAGAUAUUUCUAUAUAAGUAAGAAUAUCGCAAUUCGCCUUUUGGCGCCAUGAUAUUUUAUUAAAUAAUGAAUGAAUGAAUGAAUGAAUGAAUAUCAUCAUAUUAUGGCUGCAAUUUAUCCCAUUCUGGUCCAGAGUCAGCCUCGGAUUUUUCUAUAUCCUAAAUCUGAGAUUCAUUGUAUUUGUCGGAUGCCCUUUUUGCCACAAAACCACAUUUGUAAGUGGUGGACCUAUCUUUUGCCACUCACAAAUGGCAAGAAAAGUCAAGUUGGGUUUUAGGGAUGUGCCGGAUUUGGAAGAUCCUGUCGUAUCCACAGCCUCGUCCCCAGCCAGAACGUGUGUGGGGUUUGCGACGCGAAGCUCUUCUCCCACCCACGCGUAUUUCUCCCGAGAGACCUUCACGCGCCGGGGACGACGUGUCCAGAAAAAUAUUGCCGGAUAUUUAUUAGAAUCAUGAAACCGGGAAAUUUGUUUCCUUUGACGUUAUGUGGAACUGGAAUAAUUACAGCUAGGGCAUGCAGAAUAUGUUUUCGAGAUGUAAAUGCAAUGUUUUCCCUGACUGGUAUCCGGUAGACUACUAAUUCGGUUUCAAGAAUAUUUCCCCAAAUUUGGAAAUUUUACACAGUCUGCGCGAUUCCGAAGAUUACGCCUUGUUCGAAUGUUGAAGACCUGCGUCCAAUCUCUCUCACUAGCGUCCUAUCCAAGGUUCAAGAGUCGUAUGCUGUUGAGUGGGUACAUGAAGAUAUAAAAGGAAAAGUGAGCGAAGCUCAAUGGACCAUUUGCAUUAUAGACUAAAUUUUGGUCUAGACAAAAAUUUCAUCGCAGCUUGAAAGAGCAUCACAAAAUUAGUAAUAUUCCAAAGUUUCGUUGCGAAAUGUUGUAAAAUGCGGAUAAUAUAGCCGUGCGAAAUUUGCAAUUUUCAGUCAGUUUGUAUUACAAACGGGAAAUUGAUGCCCCAACACCCGAUUGGGCUGUCAAUUUCCCGUGCGUAAUACAAAAUGACUGAAAAACGGCAAACUUCGCAUGGCUAUAUUAUCCACAAUUACAACAUUUCGCAACGAAACUUUGGAAUAUUAUUAAUUUUGUGAUGCUCUUUCAAGCUGUGAUGAAAUUUUUGUCUAGAUCAAAAUGUAGUCUAUAAUGCAAAUGGUCCAUUCAAAACAGGUUGUUCUUCAAAAAUCGUAAACCUUAAAUAUUGAGCGCGCAAGGUAUAAUGGAUAACUUCCUAUUUAGAGUCGGGAAAUUUGCUUUGCAACAAUGCUAGGGCAUAUAUGAUCACUGUCGAUGUAAGGCUAUUUGGUUCACUAAGCUAAUUGUACAAUCUUAGGCUCCAAAUAAGCAAUACCCAUCAUACCUUGCGCGCUUAAUGUUAAGGUUUAAAAUUUUUGAAAAGAUUCAGCUUGGGCUGUUGUGAUCAUGUGCCCUCUUUCCCAAGACUUUUAACUUCCAACAACUCACAUGCACUGAUCAAUUUUAUUGAUCAAUGAUAAUGGUCAAAAGUACGGUAAAAUGAAGCUACUUUUUUAAUUUUUUUGGUUGGAUUUAACGUGACAAGGUAAAAUAAGAAAUGUUCUAAAAAUUUGCCGCUGGGAUUUGCGUUUUAUUGCCUACUUUUAAAGUUAUCGGCAUUCGAAUAGCGGCGUAUAAAAGGGCGUAAGUUACCGUUUUACAUAUCAUUACAUUUACGUUUUACUUAUCACAUUUGAACUAUUAUAUCAGUUGGUGUUAUUCUGUGCGAUUUAUAGCGAGUAUUAUUGGAAAGAGGGCUUUCAUAUACGUUGUAAUCACCAAAUAAACAGCUCAUGCACACAUUUCUCCACUUCGUCGUAAGUUUACAGAGCAGAUUUUAUACUUUGGCACUGAUAUUUGUCUUCGAUGUGAACAUUUGUUCUUCUAGUUUAAGGUUAUUUAAGAGUGAUCCUGUCGCAAGUCUUCUACCAGCAACCCAUCGACAAAAUUUCAUUUUAGUGUUGGCUUUGCCGUUCCGUUGGCUUCGCGUUACUUUUGUUUUAAAUACCUUGAUCGCGUUAAAAGAGUUAUUUCGAGUUAUUUUUAGACUUAACAUUAACUUCCUUGUGAUUUUAUUGAGACGGAGCCAGAACUGAGGAUUAUAGAAAGCUUUAUCUGUAUCUUCUCAAAGUUGUAAACAAGAUAUGUUGUUUACGUUCAACACGCAUAAUAUGUUGUUUACGUUCAACACGCAUAAUAUUACAUAACUCAAAAUGAUUCGAGUAAAACCGGUCUUUUGUUAAAAGGUAGACUGGUUAAUAGAAAUUGGUCUUUUUGAGUGACAUAAUCGUUUGUCGUCAUCGAUCCGUGUCGUUGAACAAUGAAAAAAGUUGUCGUGAAAUUAGUGAAGAUAAAAUUGCAGUUUGUGAGAAAACUGCGGGUGUACGGAGCGGGAACUUUUCGGAUUUGAACUCAGCGUGUUCGAAAGUGUUAGUUCCCGUAAAAAUAUUUCAGUUCCAAGACAUGGGAAAUGAAAGUGAACGAUAUCGGGACGCAGCAAACGGGCUAAACUACCUACAAUAACCAAUUACGCAUUCUGAUUGGCUUAGGGCGAAAUUGUCAACAAAUGCGCUGAUUGAUCGAGAACGAAAUCCGAUCCCGGAACAUAAAAGUUUUUAAUCUAUUAUACGUGUGACUGUUAGAAAACUAAAGUCGUGUAUUUCCUGGUUAAUACUGUAUGCUUUUGUUUUAGGUUCAGUGGACACCCAUUCAUUUGUACUGCAGACAUUUACAGCAGUCACGUGGUGUCAUGAGUGUGGACACAUUUUAUUUGGUCUUGUAAGACAAGGCUUUCAAUGUACAAGUAAGUUAUUUUAACACAAAUUACAUCUUUUUUAUCGUCCCGUAUAUAGGAAAAUCAAGAAAAAAGCGGAUUUUUAAAUCAUAAAACGUGAUCCCGCGUCUCCACACGACGUCAAACGAACGAAGCGACGUUGUGCUACCUUCAGACAACAUGAGCUUUACGCGACACGCAUGCGCAGUUAGAACAUUAUGGAAUAUAAAUUAUUUAGUAUCAGUAUCUAAGUGACUUUACUUCACAUAAUUACAUCUCAGAAGUAUUGGCAAUAAUCGAUAUUCGAGAUGAGAAACGGAACAAAGUAGUUGUCUGGGCUAUCAUAUUUCUGAAUGAAAAAGCUCUUUUUCUUGUUUAUUUAUAAUUUUUGCCAAUUCUUAUUUAUUUUUUAUCUAGAAUGUGAGUUAAUUUGUCAUCGAAAGUGUACACAUUAUCGAGUUUUACGCGUUUGUCCACAAAAGCCUGCAAACGAAUCAACCAGUGAGUGAAUCCUACCUCCUCCGCAUUCCGUAAUGAAUUUCCUCUUGGAAUUUCCUAACUUCGUAAGGCGGAGUAUGCCUGUUCUGUAGUAGCGACUGCGGGGUUUUAUAAAUGUUCACACUGUACUUUAAGAAAAGGCGUUUAUUAGAAUAUUUUGUCUAGGGAAUUCUCGCUCAGACUUGUUGUCUGCAUGUUACGAAGGCAGGUAUUUACACUGGAAACAUGUAAACUAUCGCCUUUAAGUGUGUUUAUAAGUGAGUGUGGGGCGUUGUAUGCUUGAAAGAACUCGACAAGAGUACAAACCUUAUAUAUUGAAGGUAAUUUUGAAAUUUUGAAGGUAAAAUGUAAUUUUGAGUGAAAAAUAACAAAAAGUAUUUCUGUUCUUUAGAUCCUGUGUUUAUUCCUAUACCUCAGGACAAUAUUGUCCCAGCAAUUGUGAAGAAAUGUAUCGGAGCAGUCGACAGCAGAGGUCUUAAUACACGGAACAUUUAUAAAAAAGAACCCGAAGAUUGGGUCUCGAAAUAUGCGUUAAGAAAGGACCUGUAUAAUGGUAAAGAUUAUUGUACAGUUUGA